ACCUGUCACCUGUGUUCCAGGAGCCAAACCAGCAAUGUCUUCCCCUGCACAACCUGAAAUCCCUGCCCCACUGGGCAACUUGAAGAUUCAGUAUACCAAGAUCUUCAUCAACAAUGAAUGGCAUGGCUCCGUGAGUGGCAAGAAAUUUCCUGUCUUUAACCCUGCAACUGAGGAGAUCAUCUGUCAUGUGGAAGAAGGAGACAAGGCAGACGUUGACAAAGCCGUGAAGGCUGCACGACAGGCUUUUCAGAUUGGCUCCUCAUGGCGCACCAUGGAUGCUUCAGAGAGGGGGCGGCUGCUGAACAAGCUGGCUGACUUAAUGGAAAGAGACCGUCUACUGCUGGCUACAAUGGAAUCAAUGAAUGCUGGGAAAGUAUUUCCUCAUGCAUACACAAGGGAUUUAGAAGUCAGCAUAAAAACAUUAAAGUACUGUGCAGGCUGGGCUGACAAGAUCCAUGGCCAAACAAUACCAAGUGAUGGAGAUAUUUUCACUUAUACAAGACGUGAGCCUAUUGGGGUGUGUGGCCAAAUCAUCCCUGUAAACUUUCCACUGUGCAUUUUCUUGAGAGAAUAAUCCCCACGGUGAGCAUAAAGAAAUAGCUCCAAUUUCCCCACUCAGGUCUUUUAUGAAUUAAGCUCUUGGUUUAUUAACUGCUUGCUUCUUAACUUGCAGGCAGGAUUUCCUCCUGGUGUGGUGAACAUUGUCCCUGGUUAUGGACCAACUGCGGGGGCGGCCAUCUCCUCACACAUGGACAUUGACAAAGUGUCCUUCACGGGAUCAACAGAGGUUGGCAAAUUAAUCAAAGAAGCUGCAGGGAAAAGCAAUCUAAAGAGGGUCACCCUGGAGCUGGGGGGAAAGAGUCCUUGCAUUGUGUUUGCAGAUGCUGACUUGGACAGUGCUGUUGAGUUUGCACACCAAGGAGUGUUCGUCCAUCAGGGUCAGAUUUGUGUAGCAGCAUCCAGGCUUUUUGUUGAGGAGUCAAUUUAUGACGAGUUUGUGAAAAGAAGUGUUGAGCGGGCUAAGAAAUACGUUCUUGGAAAUCCUCUGAAUGCAGGAAUAAAUCAAGGUCCUCAGAUUGACAAGGAGCAACUUGAUAAAAUACUUGAUCUCAUUGAGAGUGGGAAGAAAGAAGGAGCCAAACUGGAGUGUGGUGGUGGACGCUGGGGCAACAAAGGCUUCUUUGUUCAGCCCACAGUGUUCUCCAAUGUUACCGAUGAGAUGCGCAUUGCCAAAGAGGAGAUAUUUGGACCAGUGCAACAAAUCAUGAAGUUUAAAUCUAUAAAUGAUGUCAUCAAGAGAGCAAACAAUACCUCCUAUGGCCUGGCAGCUGGAGUCUUCACAAAAGACCUGGAUAAGGCCAUCACUGUGUCUUCUGCUUUGCAGGCCGGGCUAGUGUGGUAA